CACCCACCUCUAACGAGCGCUCAAGGAAGUUUCUCGCCUACACCGCCACCGCAGCUGCUCGUCGCGCUCUCAUCAGUCCUACGGUCAAGCAACAGGCACUCCUUUUACCGAAGGUCAAGGCUCGUGCAUCCCAAUGACACGCCCUGUUCAGUGCAGCGUAUGCGAGGAAUGGUUCCCAAACAGUGCUGACAGAUCACAAGUACGAGGAGCACCCUGCGCAAUUUCCUGUCAUGAACGUGCUCAUGAUCAUUUGUCCGCACGAAAGCUCGUCGCGCUGGACUUACCAUUCUCCUCGCACCUCUCUUCUCUUCGUAGCCUUAGAAUGCGAGGAGGCGCCCCGACCUCUCGGUGCGGUAUUGGAGGUUGUGAGAGACGAUUUCCUAGUCCAGAGCUCCUCGUACGCCACCAGCUAGCUAUACACGGCAGAGUGACUGAACAGGCGCUUGAGGAGGAAUCAAGCGACGUGAUGGAUGGUGAGGAUCAGGAGGCCGAGAGCAAGAAAGGGGGGAGCUAGGAGGGCGAGCCGGGCUUGGAAGGGGAGGGAGAAUUGUUCGAGAAUGGAGAGCUUGUCAUCGCCGCCGUCGAACGACAAGGAAAAUCCGGCACGACUAUCC